AUGAGGCUCCACGGAUCCUACAGCGUUGUUGAAGGGGGUUGGCCAAGCGACGCCUACCUGUCCCUGACCGGAGGGGUGGCAGAGACGAUAGACUUUGCUACCUACAACGACCACCCUUACGACCUUUUCCGGCGAAUAGCGAAUGCGUUUGGCAGUGGUGGCCUGGCAGACGAAGAUAACAUGGGACUGGUUAGAGCGCAUGCUUACUCCCUGACCGGCGCUGAAGUGGUAAUGCGACAUGACGGCGAAAUGAUCCCUCUGGUCAGAAUUCGUAAUCCACAUGGCCAUCAGAGCGAGGAGUGGCAUGGAAAAUGGAGUGACAGGAGUGAUGAGUGGUCGACCCUCCAGAUGGGCAACAACCUUCACCAUGACAAUGAAGAUGGCGAGUUCUGGAUGAAUAUGGAUGAUUUCAUCAGAUACUUUGAUCAGACAACAAUCUGUUCCCUGACCCCGGACUUUGACAUAGACGGCCGAUCCGACCCAUUAAGACAUUCCUGA